AUGCUUCACGCUGCAUGCACCGGACUGAAUGUGGUGGACAGCCCCUAUUUCUCUGAUGGUGAGGGAACAGGUCAAGUCGCUUCCUACUACAAAUCAAAGAGCAAAGAAUCGGAGCCCCGACGCACGUGGAUCUCAGCCUCACGCCGGGCGCCAGCUGCGCCAGCUGCGCCAGUGGCCCUGGCGCCUGUGUCGGGGCGCAUUGCCGGCGCGGCGCCAGGCUACUACCGUUAUGUCUCAGAGGAUCUCGUCGAGGAGGAUCAGCAAGUGUCGCUACCUGUCAUGAGUCAAGAUGGUGGCUCUGAAGAAGAAUAUCAAGAAUAUUGGGCAUGGAAUUCCCUGAACAUCCGUUCUCUCAGUGAUGGCUGGAUUGAAAGAAUGGCCCAUCCGCAAGUGAAUUGUGAGCCAUACUGGUACCACGAAUCAAGAGGGAUAACAACCUAUCAGUGCCCAGCUACAGGGUCCACUGCGCAAGUGAGACCCGUUGACCUGAGCAGCGAUUUUUUUCAGGAUGGCCCAGUUUGGAACUACACACCUUUCGAAUUGAAAUCGAUCAUGCGGGAAGGUCAUGCAGAUGACUUUGGUUUUUCAGCGGAGGAGCUGGCACGAAGAGCAUGCUACGAGUUUGAAUCUUGGCUGCCACGAGUGUUGUCGUGGCAUGACUAUCAGUAUCGCUGCUUUUGGUUCUUCGGAGGGAAAGAUACCAGCGAGAAGAACAGGGAGUCUAGCGCUUCCAAGAGUUUCUUCAGCUCUGAUGCUGAGGCCAGCCGUCAGCUGUUCGCAGAUGACGAGUUCUUUGAAGCAUGUACACGGCUGUUGUGCACACGACUGGAGCGGAUGCAUCCCAUCAAUCUCACGUACUUUGUUUGGACCUAUGCGCGGGCAGGAGUGUAUCAUGAAGAACUGCUCAAUGCAGUUGCAGAUCAUUUCUGCAAGGGCUGGAUUCCAACUAUGGACCGCUGCUCUUUAGGCACAAUGGUGUGGAAUUUUUCCAAGCUGGAAUUUCGUCAUGACCAAUACUUCGAGCUUUCCGCACAGGAGCUCUACCGCCCGAAUCGUCUCCGAUCCUUGGCACCUCGCAAUUUUCAAAACAGUAUGAUUGCUUUCAGCAAGCGUAAGCACUGGAAUGCCAAAUUACUGGAAGCCUUUUGUCGGGGCAUCCCACGUUUGCUGGACAAUCACGAUCCGAAGUUCCCAAAGACCAACACAGAAGUCCUUUUCUCUUACACUUGCCGGGAUGGAAGUGAGGUGCCUGCGGACGCCUUCCGCAUUGGCUCGCUGACGGUCAUCACCAAAGCCUUUCACGAGCUCCGGGCUCGAGGUCCAGCAGUGGAAGAAUGCAUGAAGUCCAUGCUUGAGUAUGUGCGCCGCAGUGUGGAGCGAUCGCCUCCCAUGAUGCGAGAACCUGGGGAUGCUUCCAACUUUCUUCGGCAGCUAGGCUUCUAUGCCGGAGAAAGUGGCAUGGACUCUUGGCGAGAACAAAGCCAGCUAAGCCAAGGGACGCAGGGUUUGGGCGAACUUCGGCGAACGGGCCGAAUCGUGUACAAAGCAAGGUCAGACAGCGGCAGUGGCAGGUCCCAAACGGCUGAGCUCCGAGACCUACAGGACACUGAAAGAGAGCAGAGCAAGGGGAGGACCGUGCCCAGGACGUUGAACCUGGCCUUGAUUCUUGAUGGCUUGACCCGGAUCGCCAUCCUGGUGCACCCGGAUGGCGUGUGUGAGACGUGUGAGUGUGUCGUGAAUCCGGUCGAGCCGGUAAAGUACUUUGAACUUGCUUCGCUUUCGGGUUUGCAGAUUGCAACCGCGGACAAACCUCCGGCACUUUUGGCCCGCGUUCUCGUAGAGAUGACGUUGAGGAGCCUUCCCCUGCUGCAACACAACGCUGGACUUGGAGCCCUUCCUUGUGGAGCUCCUUCGAUUCAGCUCUCCAGGUAUGCCUUGCCCAUUGCUGCCCCAGACAUGGUGGGAGACAGGGAACAGGUCCCAGUUCGAAGCAAAAGCUUUGACCUGGGAUUGCUUCGUGUCUCAGAUGAACUGCAACAAGACCUGAGCUCAACAGGCCGAGGUCGCAGACAGAGUGAUUGGGAGAACUUUCGCAUUUGGCGGCGUGCCAAGAUUGGGACAGGCUUUACUAUCGGCUUGGUUCUUGCCUACACUGCAGUCGAGGCUGCCAAGACCAUCUUGAGUGUCAAGGCAUUGCGGGGGUCCACGAUUUCUGAUGGUCAGGUGCUGGUGGUUCUACAGGGCGCUGUGUCCCUGAUUUGCGGCAUAAUUUUCACAGCUGCACAGGAGGGCAAGGUUGGCGUGAAGACCGCGUUCUUGCCGAGUAGUACUUUGAGCUGUUUACCAGUGUCCGUGGGGUUCUCAUUGAGCCAAAGUGCUUUGGCGUGGGCCAUUUGCCGAGGGAUCGGAGCUGCAGCAAUCUUGGUAACAGGUUACCUCUACAUGCCAUUGUGUGCUCUCUUGAGUGCCCUUGUUUUCCGGCGGCGCUAUGGCUGGUUAGAGGUGCAUGGACUUGUCUUCCUGACAUUGAGCAUCAUGAUCUUUGUUGAGCUUGGAGCACGCGAGACCGGACUAUCCCACUCGUACCAGGCCAUUCACUACAAUUUCAUCUCCAUUGUUUUCUCGUGUUCGGCAUCGGUCUACUUGGAGAAGUUGUUGAAGCCCAAAUACUCAGAAAGGAGCAGCCUUGAUCAGCACUUCUACAUCCAAAAGGUUUGGCUGGAGACUGGUGGCUUGCUACUGUCAAUUCCUACGUUGUUUGUACUUCGAGCUUUCUCCACGGGAACGAGUCUUUUCUCUGGCUCGUGGUUGCAGAUGAUACACGUUGCAUUUUCCGGAUGGAUGUGCGCUGCAAUCCUUGCGAGAGUGGUUCAGAGUUGGUUUACUGGUUAUGUCUCCAAAUACCUCUCAACGCUUGGACGCGCUGUCAUCCAGUGUGUCGCUGUGAUCUUGGUCCACUUCUGGGACACUUUCUUCUUCGGCGAGCACUGGAGUUUGGUGACGACCCUUUUGGCCAUCGUGGUUUGCUUGAGUGCGAUGAUGUACCAAACAGGGCGCAGGAUUACAUCUGUUCUGCCUGGCCGUCCUCAUGGACGAUCCCAAUCAACAGGAGAUGCUCUCGCCGAUGGUGAUCGCGGACUUCAGGCCUCAGCCAGUAGCCAGACAGGCGCAGAUGCCUCGCAAUCGAUGGGGGCAUCUACGCGGAGGAGCGACGGCAGCAUCCUGAUUCCGAACGCGCAGCUCAUAAGCUGCGAGUUCGAGCCCAAUGGACAGACUGACCAGACCGAUCAGCCAGCUGAGCAGGCUCAGCCUCGAAUCGGACUUCUGGAUCGCACUUGGUACGAACAGGCAAAGCACAUCAACACCAAUCUUGCACUGUGGUUGUCCUCAUCUGCAGGACGGUCUACGCAGGUCUUGUGCGUAGUGUCCUUUGUCCUCGCAGAUGCCAGCCGAAACCUCAUCAACGCUUGGGCUAUCAAAGACACUCCUAUAGUCCAGCAGUCUGUGGUUUGGGCGCUCUCUGCAUCAUCAAUUCCAAUUGGAAUUGUCAUGUCUGGACUCCUCGACGGGCGAGAAGGAGCUCGGGAUUCCUUGCUUUGGAGAGACGCCUUGACGUGCCUCCCUGUUGCUGCUUGCUUCUCCUUUGGCCAGACCCUGCAGAUCAAAGCCUAUGGCGCCGGGAUUAGCGCAUCCGUGAACACCGUCUUGGGAUACUUCUACAUGCCUAUGAGUGCCUUGUUGAGUCGCUGGGUGUUUCAGCGUGCGUACAGCCGUUUGGAAUGGCUAGCAUUGGCGCUGCUGUCGCUGACUGCGGUUGUAUUUUGCUUGUUGAGGAGCAGCAGAUCCACUGAAGAUGCAACCAGCACUCUGGCGAUUGCUUGCUGCGUUGGCUCAGUAGUGUCCUCGUGCAUUGGCUCGCUGAUGUGUGAAAAGAUCAUGAAGGCUCGCCCCUACCCCUUCUAUACUCAGAAGGUCCACUUAGAGUUCGGUGGCCUGGCCACAGCCACGGCCAUGCUCUUUGUGGUUGGCAGCCUGAGCUCCCGCCCGGAAGAUGCUUUUUGGAAGCAACGUCCAGCCAAUGGUCAAAUGGAGGCUGGGUUGUUUGUUGGCUGGAGCUACAAGACGGCCGCGGCACUGACGGCAGCUGCGUUCCAGAGCUGGCUUGGUGGACUCGUCUCGAAGCGCCUGUCGACCGUGGUACGAUCAGUGGCGCAGUGCUGCUCACUCCUCAUCAUCUAUUUCUUGGGCGACUUGGUACUCAGAGGUUUGCCAUUUGAUUGGAUUGUUGGGGCAGCAGCUGUUGUGGUUGCACUGAGCGUCCAGGUCUUUACCCUCGCAGGCCGCAAAAGGAUACGCGAAGGAGGGAACUGA